GUACUGGCUGCAGUCCGGAUUUGCUCUUUUUCCUGUGUGCCAUGUAUGCUCCUAUCUGCACCAUCGACUUCCAGCAUGAGCCCAUUAAACCCUGUAAGGCAGUAUGCGAGCGGGCCAAGUCCGGCUGUGAGCCAGUGAUGAAGCGUUACAACCACAGCUGGCCCGACAGCCUGGCCUGCAGCGAGCUGCCGCUGUACGACCGCGGAGUCUGUAUCUCACCUGAGGCCAUCGUCAAGGCAGAGGGACCAGAUCCAUACUACCAGGACCCAGCCAGGUGUAAUCCAGAAUCCAGUCCAGACUUUCCAAUGGACUCCAACAACCUCCACUGCAGAGGACCAAAUGGAGAUCGCUGUAGAUGUAAGCCAGUCAAAAUGUGUCAGAAAACCUACCUGAGGAACAACUACAACUAUGUGAUCAGGGCGAGGGUAAGGGAGGUGAGGAAUCGCGGUAUGGAACCCACAGCAGUGGUGGAUGUGAAGGAGGUGCUCAAGUCUUCUCUGGUCAACAUUCCCAAGGACACACAGACACUCUACUACUCAUCCUCUUGCUUGUGUCCUCCUCUGUCUCCUGGAGAGGAGUACAUCAUUAUGGGCUACGAGAGCGAGGAGACAUCCAGGUUGCUCCUGAUUGACAGCUCCAUUGCUCAGAAGUGGAAGGACAGAAUGAGCAAGAAGGUCAAG